GGGUUAUCAGAUAAAUCUAUGACGUGAUCAUCUAAUCAGAUUACCCUAAAUCCGGUCCAAUGCGAGCUCGCCAAGACGACAGCGAAGAAAAAAACGCGAAUAUAAGCGGUUCGGGCGAGGGAGAUAGAGGCCACUCCUCUUCCCCCAGUUCUUGCUGAAGAGACAUGUCGACCUCUCUUCUCUCCGCCGCCGCAUCUGCCACCAGGACUCUCGCCGCAUCUGCAUCCGCCUCCCACUCUGCGGCGCCAGCGAAGAAGGCCAACCCUGACGGUGUCUUAUGGAAAGCACGAAACAAGGAGUACCCAAAUCAGAUCUGGUACUUCUGCGCCGCAUGCAUCGCUCUCCUCACACUCGUGAACUUGACAUCGAUUCUUGUGCGCCGGUUCCGCCGCUCGUCGCCGUUUGUUGCGCGUGCAAGGGGACCCGUUACGUUGACCCGGAUACCCGCGGCUGCGACACAUCUCUUCCGCUGGCUGGCAUUCUACUCGACAGUUUCGUUCGGCGGCUACACGUUGGACCUGGCGGAGCUGUUCAUGGCCUGCGGGUAUAUCGCUGUGAUCUACGCUUGGGGGUUCGUCAAUUCGACUAGUCUGAAGGGCCAGGUUCUGCUCGUCAAUUACUGGAGCAACCGGACCGGUGAUAUCGCCGCGACUCAGUUCCCGCUGAUGAUUGCCCUCGGGAUGAGGAACAACAUAAUCGGAUACCUCACUGGCAUCUCGCUGGAUAAGAUGAAUCUUCUGCAUCGUGUGGUCGCACGGGCCCUUUGUGUGAUGAUCUGGAUCCACGGAGCCGGACGAGUUUACAUCGCCAUCGGCAAUGGAGAGAACGCCCAAAACGUUCAGGAGGGAUGGUUCCGAUGGGGCAUCGCUGCUGCGGUUCCCUUCACGCUUCUUUGCGUCUUUUCUGUGCGGACAGUCCGGAAGCGAAGCUACGAGGCCUUCCUCAUUGCUCAUUUCUUCGUGGCCAUCGUCCUUCUCGUCGGAGCUUACUACCACGCGAAGGCGAAAAAUAAGGCAGUCGAGAUAUGGCCUUCGUUCGUCAUCUGGGGUUUCGACCGAACCCUUCGGUUCAUCCGGACGUUCGUUGCCAACAGCGGAUACAUUCACUUCCUCGGCAAAUCCGACGCACGGGCGAAUGCACUCGAGGCGGACGUGCACGUCGUCUCGCCCAAGCUGCUGCGGGUCUCAGUGCUGCUCCCCAAUCGGGUCCACUGGAGCCCUGGCCAGAUUGCGUAUCUCUCUGUCCCCAGCGUCAGCCGCACGCCAUGGGAGGCGCACCCAUUCUCGAUUGCCAGCCUCGACACCAGCGCCAGCGCAUCCUCCACGAACUCGUCUCGCGAUGAGAAGCAGGGCGAGCUCAGCGCGUCCUCGUCCUCGUCGUCAAUAGUGGUCCCGUCGCCCGGGUACACGAAGGAAGCGGUGUUCUUCAUCCGUGUGCACCGCGGAUUCACGAAUCGGUUGUUGGAUGCGGCCGCGGCUGCCAAGGGCCCUGCACGCUUCAAUGCCUUCGUCGACGGGCCGUACUGCACACCGCCCACGGCGCUCGGUUACUCGUCCGUGCUGCUCAUUGCGGGUGGAUCUGGUGUGUCGUUCACGCUGCCUUUGCUGCUCGAUCUCGCACGCGCUGCCCGACUGAACGCGAAUCCAUGCUGCGGCCGAGUCGUCUUCGUCUGGUCGGUGCGCGAGUCUGACCAAAUCGACGCCGUAGCACCUCUACUCUCCGCUGCGCUCGCGGACCUCGAUACCAAGACGCUCGGUCUCGAAAUCCGCAUCCACGUCACACGCAACAUGGAAGACACUGACGGCACCGAGGACGUGGCGGCGGGCGACGACGACGAGAAGGACGUCCCCGCCAGCCCCACCAGCUCCGUCACGGCCGCGAGGCGCCUGCGGCGGUUCGAGUGUGUGACUGUGAGCCAGGGGCGGCCGGACAUUGACGAGCUGCUGCGCACGGAGGUCGCUGCGGCGUCGGGUGCCAUGGCCGUGAACGUCUGCGGGACUAGGGGAUUGGCCAAGCAUGUACGACGGGCACUCAAAAAGGGGACCAGCGCUGCGGACGUGUUGCGGGGUGGGCCGUCGGUGCAUCUUCACGUCGAGUCUUUCGGCGGCGCCUGAAUGCCUGAAAAAAACUGUUGCAAGAUUCACGAUAAAGAUUGUGAUGACAUAGACGACAGAUAACGAGAGACGCGGGUGUGUGUAGGAUAGCCCUGUGUAGACUAGACGUGUGUAUUAACUGAAGGAGCUGGAACGUCAUCAGAGAUCAAGCGAGAAAAGACGUGGCUGUGACAAAA